GAUAUUUUGAUUGUUUAUAGAACUGAAUUGCGUGAUUGAGUUGUUACAUGAAUGGUCCUGUGCAGGUUGAACUAGAGAGGGUACGCCUUCUUUGCGAAAGAAUCAUCAAACGAGAAAAAGUAAAGCGGGAACUUCUCAUUUGUUCACAUGAUCUUCUUGCUGUGAGGAGAGAUCAUGUUGCUCGAUCUGUGCUGGUUCAUAGUCCUUUCUUGCUACCUGAUGUUAGUUCUGAAUCAGCUACAACAUCUCUUAAAGGACAUACAGAUGGUUACAAAUCAUGCAGUGAGGCAUUUCAAAAAUCAGAUGAUGUGACUGUGGAUAGUACAAUUUCCGAAAAGCGACGGACCAGAGUUCUGAUAACUAUCGACAAUGAUCAAAGGACAGAUGAUGACAGCUCCACAUCCCAAGAUCAUUUUACUCCAAAGCUCACAGAGAGGGCACAAUUUUCUGAGAAACAGAUUCCUUGUAGACCUACUGCUGCAAAUUGUAAUAUUUCGGAAGACGGGGGAUGGAGGUCAAAAUCUAGAAAGCAUGCUGAGACAUUUGAGAAAGAACUGGUAAUGACUUCAGAUCAAGCGUCGAUGAAAAAUAUGCUAUUACCCAAAGGAUAUGCAUAUGUCCCUGCGGAUUGCAUCCCAAAUGAAAAGCAGAUCAACCAGGAUGCUUGUUCUGGUGAACCCCCAGAAGGAGAUGGGUAGUGUGGCGCACCUUUUGGUUUGUGUUUGAUCUGUCCUUUCGGAACACAAAAGGACCACAAUGCGAGUAUUCUCUGCCCACCAUCCCAGACAUCACCGCCGCCCCUGGAAACCGCCACGUUUAUCAGUUUCAAAGGGAAAUGGCCGAGUGAAAGAUGGAGGCUAGGUUCACGCCGAUGUAUUCAUAGUAAGGAAGCCACAUUUUGGGUAGGGAUGUGAAGUUUUGGUGUCAUUGUUGUAUAUUCUUGUGAGAGUUCGACUGUACAGUGGGUGAGGGUUUAUUCCUUUUACGUGUAUUAGAAGAAGGCAUAUGGAUUUUAUAUCUUGAUGCCUGCCUUUUGGUUCUGAGAGUAAAGAGAAUCUCCUGCUUGUAAACCGCGUACAAGAAAUUAAAGCGUAUCACCCACUGCCCUUGCCCUGUAAAGUUAUUGUAUAUAUCCUUACAAUACCAAUCCUCAAAUACCAACCCUCAAAUGCAUCAGAUUAAUCCAUUGUUUAAUAUUCGAACAAUCCACGAUCCACAACGUCGUUCUUGAUGCCUCUGAAGUUUUCUCAGCCUGACGCAAGUUUUUGGGUUGAUGGUUAUCACUUGAAUUUGCUGGGUUUGUGGGCAAUGCUGGUGCGUAUUGCUUGGUUUGAAAUGUUGUACUGUAUCAUUUGGUAAGAAUAAAGAGUCGCUAUGUUUUGUGGAUGUAUUCUGAUCCCUGAUUUUAAGUUCAGUAAUGUAUCUCAGUUUUUUCCUUUC